AUGAGCAUGGCCUCGCGAACAUCUUCCAGGACCUCGUCUCCUACCCAAGCUGAGGACGAGUCCAAUAUGGAAAAGAAGCAGACCCAAGGACGAUAUCCUCGUUGCGUCGCUCAGCAUCUCCGAGCUUGGCUGCCUGAACUAGGCGCAUUGAUGGCAAGCACAUUACUUCUCAUUACUCUGCUCGGCUUUCUCAUAGCAGCGCCAACCUUCUCAGAUUGGAGGCUACCCUGGCAACUACGACCCAACUCCGUUGUGGCUCUACUGGCAACCUUGUGUCGAUUCUUCCUCAACGUCGUGCUAUCCGAAGGCAUAAGCCAACUCAAGUGGGUGUACUUCCAGCAGCGAAGCCAGCAACUGUCGGACUUUCAAACGUUCGACAAUGCAAGCUAUGAUCCGUGGGGAGCAUUACAACUCUUGUGGAGAUUGAAAGGUCGUGCUCUGAUCGCGUCACUUGGCGCGCUGAUCACGAUUGCCGUGCUUGUCAUGGACCCGCUGUCGCAGCAGCUACUUUCUUAUGGUAUCCGCGUUACAGAUGUGACCGAUGCAAUUGCUACUACUAGUGUGGCUUCAAUCGAUGACACUGGUGCAACCUUAUCCAGAUACGAAGCCGCGUUGAAUGAUGGCUUGGGGAUGCUAUAA